GAAAGAACCAGCCGAAAAGAGUCAACCCGGAGGAAAGACAGAGAAGUGGCAGCGGUCCUAGAAUUAGUUGAAGAUGUCAGGUCAGACGCUGACAGAUCGCAUCGCAGCUGCUCAGUACAGCGUUACAGGAUCAGCUGUAGCCAGAGCAGUCUGCAAAGCAACCACACAUGAAGUGAUGGGCCCCAAGAAGAAACACCUGGAUUACCUAAUCCAGGCCACAAAUGAGACGAAUGUCAACAUUCCACAAAUGGCUGAUACCCUCUUUGAGAGAGCGACAAACACUAGUUGGGUUGUUGUCUUCAAAGCCUUAGUUACAACACAUCAUCUAAUGGUUCAUGGCAAUGAGAGAUUUAUUCAAUAUUUGGCAUCUAGAAACACACUAUUCAAUCUCAGCAAUUUUUUGGACAAAAGCGGAUCACAUGGAUACGAUAUGUCAACUUUUAUCAGGCGCUACAGUAGAUAUUUGAAUGAAAAAGCAUUUUCAUACAGACAAAUGGCAUUUGAUUUUGCAAGAGUAAAAAAGGGAGCUGAUGGUGUAAUGAGGACGAUGCCCCCGGAAAAACUACUGAAGAGCAUGCCAAUAUUACAAGGGCAAAUAGAUGCACUUCUUGAAUUUGACGUUCAUCCAAAUGAACUGACAAAUGGGGUCAUAAAUGCUGCAUUUAUGCUUUUGUUCAAAGAUCUCAUCAAGCUUUUUGCUUGUUACAAUGAUGGUGUCAUUAAUUUAUUAGAGAAGUUUUUUGAAAUGAAGAAAGGACAGUGCAAAGAUGCCCUUGAAAUUUAUAAGCGGUUUCUUACUAGGAUGACAAGAGUAUCAGAAUUUCUUAAAGUUGCAGAGCAAGUUGGAAUUGAUAAAGGCGAUAUUCCCGAUCUCACGCAAGCUCCCAGUAGUCUUAUGGAGACUCUUGAACAGCAUCUAAAUACUUUGGAAGGAAAGAAACCUGGGAACAAGUCUGGUGCUGGUUCCCCUUUGGGCAAGUCUUCUCCAGCCACAACGGUUACAUCUCCUAAUUCUACCCCAGCAAAAAGUAUUGAUACAUCUCCACCAGUUGAUCUUUUUGCAACAUCUUCAACGACGGCUCCAAUCAGUGCUUCUAAGCCCUCCAGUGAUCUUCUAGAUCUUCAACCAGAUUUCACAUCUGGCUCCGCACAAGCAGCUUCCGCAGCUCCCACUGGUGGAACAACUUCAUGGGGAGACAGUUUGGCUGGAUUUUCCAGUGUUACCUCUGAACCACAGAUUUCAGAUCCAUUUGCACCAGAACCCAUCCUAGCUCCUCCUGCUCCAACUGCUGACACAGCAACUACUUCUGCAACUACCACCAGUGCUGCUCCUGCGGCUGCGGCUGCUGAGGUGGAUCUCUUUGGAGAUGCCUUUGCAGCUUCUCCUGGUGACGCCCCUGCAGCACCUGAAGGGGCAGCAGCACCAGCUACCCCAACCCCUGUAGCAGCAGCUCUUGAUGCAUGUUCAGGAAAUGAUUUGUUUGAAUCCACACCUGCUGAGGCUCCUGCACCACCUAAGUCAGAUGCAGCUCCUGGCAUAGACCUAUUUGGGACAGAUACGUUUUCUUCUUCAACUGCUGGAGCUUCUCCUGGGCCCGAGAAUUCUCUCACUGGUGAUCUCUUAUCAGUGGAUGCAUUUGCAGCACCAUCGUCCCUGCCCACUGCUUCCCCGGCUAAAGUGGACUCUUCAGGUGUGAUUGACCUGUUUUGUGAUGCUUUUGGAAGUGGCCCUUCAGAGCCCCAACCUGCAGUUUCAACUGCUUCUAAUGCUUCUGCUUCUGCUGACCUGUUAGCUGGCUUUGGAGGUUCUUUUAUUGCUCCAUCUCCAUCACCUUCCCCCAUCACACCAGCUCAGGCUAAUAUAUUGCAGCCCAAUUUUGAAGCAGCAUUUGGAGCAGCCCCUUCUCCUUCCCCUGCUGGCGGCAGUUCCUUCGAUCCCUCAGUAUUUGAUGGCUUAGGUGAUCUUCUUAUGCCCACUACAAUGCAAGCUGGUCAGCCUUUGUCCGGUGUGGGCACAGCCAUUGCUUCUGCUUCAGCUGCAACCAAACCCAUUGGAAGUGAUCUUGAUUCUUCUCUUGCAAACUUAGUCGGAAAUCUUGGAAUUUCUGGUACCACAACAAAGAAGGGAGACCUUCAGUGGAAUGCAGGAGAGAGGAAGUUAACAGGAGGAGCCAACUGGCAACCAAAAGUAGCACCUGCAACCUGGUCGUCUGGAGUUCCUCCAAGUGGCCCCUUGACGGGAUCUGUGCCUCCAGCAGGUGCUGGCCCUCCUACAUCAGGUGCCGCUUCUCCACAAACUGGAUCAGGAUUUGGGAUGCAACCUCCUGGAGCUGGCGUUGGAAUGAUGCCACAGCAACCUCUUAUCUAUGGACAACCGAUGAUGAGGCCACCAUUUGGAGCAGCUGCAGGCCCUGGUGCACAAGUUUCUCCAAGCCCAACACCCGCCACCCAGAGUCCCAAGAAGCCUCCAUCAAAGGACCCAUUAGCAGAUCUUAACAUCAAAGAUUUCUUAUGAGCUAUUUAAGUUUUGUGAAAGGAUAAGUGAAGAUGCAAAUUUGAAAUCUGCAAACAAGAAUUUUGUUGCUCAGAAUUUCCAAGUGAGCCACCAGUACCAAACCCAGUGCUUACUCAGACUUCUCUCCUACUUCCAAAACGUGUAGCACAGCUGUGAAAGUGAUCAUAGGAAUGUGUACUAUUUUAGUUGUUAUCCCUUCUCUCUCUCUCUCUCUCUCUGUUUGUGUACUUGGGUUAUAAUUUAUGUGUUUCUCAACUUAAACAAUGGAUGUAUGUUUCUGAUGCCUUCUUAGUGCUUUUCUGAACCAAUCCAUUAGGAACAGAUUAUGCAGCUGUUGUGUGGUGAGCCAUUUGGAGCGAUGUGUCUGUGUUUCUGGAGGUCUUAAUGUAAAUAACCUUGGCGACCCUCUAAAUUUUCUCUUCAAAUCCAGUUUCCUUUGCAUAUCUGUUAUACAAAACAAUAUUGUGGUUAUAUCAGGUAGCAAAAAGAACACUGUCAAUCCUUUUUUUAAAAAAAGUGUGUGGAAUGUAAUUUUUUUUUCAAAGCAGGAGUAUUAUCAAAUUUGUUGUGGGGUAUGUUUUAAUUUCCUGACAUUUGAUCUGCUAAUAUGAAUGAAAUUCAUAUUAAUGAUCUUCUAUCAAGUUACUUGUCAAAGGUUUUUAAACAAAAUCCCCCACAUAAAAAUAUUUUAUCAGAUUGCUUUAAAAAACAUUUGUCUUUUAUUUUCAUUUAAAACCAUCCUAUUUAUCAUUGUUAUUUAAAAUGCACUGAAAACAAGUAAAGGGUAAGUUUCUAGCCAUAUAAUUCAGAAAAAUCAAACAUAACAAAAGCAAACUCCUUUAGGUUUGUCAGGCUACUUUGGCUGCUCACUGUUUCCAGGGGCAAAUCAUGAAUUUUUCCCCCUUUGUUUUUAUGUACAUCUGUCAGUUUUGUUCUUCUCUGUACAUAUCUUAGAUUAGUGUUUUUCAUCCCCCAUACAGCACUAUGUGUUUUCUGUACUGUUUGUGAUUAGAGGUCACACUGAACCUGAAUUAUACCCUUUACCGUAAACAAAAGUGUUCUUUUAUCGUUUUAGUUUGUUCUCUCAUACUGUGUGUGCUGAUGGCUUAGCUUAAGAUUUUUGACUUCUUAAUAAGGUCACUGUUGAUCAGUGUUACAAGUGGCUUGGCAGCUCUUUGUUAAAGCAUAUUAGGUUGGAAAGAUGUUCAUCUUAAGUCUUUCAAAUUAAUAUUUAAUCAAUAUGUGGUACCAUUUUUAAAAAGUGGUUGUAUAUUGUGGGGAUAUCAUACCCUGUAACGACAGAGAGUUAGAGAGAGAAUUUCAAAUGGAUUUGCUUUGUAUUUUGGUUUGAGGAAAACCCAAUGCAUGUAUACCCUCUGA